AUGGAUCACAAGAGAAUAUUCACUUCUGAGAGUAUAAUAAUCAAAUUUGACAAACCUGAUAACUCUCCUGUGAAAAAACGCCGCAAAGAAGAUUCUACAGGAAGAACUAUAAUAGUUAUAGUUGCAUGCUUAUUGUUUUCUGCAACUUUGGGGUACGCAGUCGUAAAUGAAUACUACUAUAGAAAGUCUUUGGACCGUGAAACAAGAACCGUAAUAAAUGACUCUGAUAUAACAGACUUAGAUGCACAAAGAGAAGAAAUUCGAGACGAAUAUGUAGAACUACUGACUGCUCAUAUAAACUCCCAAAAAAUAAAAAUCAUACCUGGAAACUUUAACGCUUGUCAACAAAAUGGUUGGCAUUAUGCAUGUAUAGACAACCAGAGAAAAAUAGUAGGAAUUAUGCAGUGGGAAAUUACUUCUAUAGCCACAGUAUUGGUUAAUAAUGACAUAAAUAUCGAUGUUAACCUAGAGUUGGAUACUAUCCUAGUAUAUAAAAGAUUUCUCUCAUUGGUCGAUGUUCGUUACAGAAAUAGAAAAGAAUUUAGAAGGAGAUACUACAACUUUCGUAGUAAUAAGAUACAUAUAGAGACACAUAAUGCCAGAAAAGACAAAAUGUACACAAUGAUAUAUACUGGCCAUUCCGACGAAUCUCAAGAUGAAAUCGAGGGAUUUAGUAGCAUCUUCAAAGGGCGGUCGAACGAUAUAGUUUCAAAUGGGUCUUCAACAUAUGAAUAUAAUAUGCUCCGAUUCACUUCUAAAAGAACAGGGUAUAAAGCUAAAGGGCCAGAAGAAAUAUUUGAUUGGAGAAACCAUGGAAUAGUUAAAGGAGCGAUAGACCAAGGAACUUGUGGGUCAUGCUGGGCAAUAUCAGCGGCUGAUGCUGUUUCAAUGUUCUAUUCCAUUGGGGAUAAGAGCAAUGAGACUUUUAGUUCACAACAGCUACUUGAUUGUACUUCCUCAAAAUAUAGUUGUACAGGAGGCAGUCUUUACCAUGCAAUGUUAUAUGCUAGUGCAAAUUUACUUUGUAAAGAAGGUGAAUAUCCGUAUAAAGGUAUGAAAGGCAAUUGUGAAUCUAAAAAAUGCCAGCACAGAGUGCAGAAAAAUAAUAUUAAAAAGCUUAAAAAUGCGGAUAUAAGAGAACACUUGCUUAAACAUGGUCCAAUCGUUGCUUCAUUUACAAUAAGUAGGGAUUUUUUAUUUUAUGGUGAAGGUAUAUUUGAUGGCUCGUGCAAAGGUAAAAUUUCACAUUCAAUAGUUAUUGUAGGUUAUGGAUAUGAUAUAAAUCAUAAAACAAAAUAUUGGAUUAUCAAGAACUCUUGGGGAAGUGGUUGGGGAGAAAGUGGUUUUUUCAAAAUGGUAGAUGAAGUGGUAAAUAAGGAAUAUUAUUGCUCAAUAAGGUCUUAUGCCUAUGGGUUGGAAGCCAAUCCAAAGGCCACCUAG